AUGCCACGGCGACACGCAGGGCUGGCUGAAUCCUGUGCUCGUGAGGACACUACUCCAUGUUUUGAGAACCCGUCAAUCGCCUUCGGGGAGGGCUCGCAGACUGCUGAUGGCGUUGUUCAAGCUCUCUUGCAGCGUGUUGCUCACCUCGAAGCAAAACUACGAGAGCAAGGCACUCCACAAAGUGAUCACGACUACCAAGAUGCAGCAGAAACUCAAAGUGAAGUCGACAACGACACCGUACCCCCUGUAGACGGCGAUGAUUGCGACGCUGCUACCGUUCUUGAGUUUCUUGCCUGGGGGCGUCACAAAGACGUUGACUUCUCUACCGCUCCUGAGCAUCAAAGUGGACCUUUACAGCACACUUUGAGAAUCGACCAUAGUUCGGGACAAGCUGCCAUCCUGACCGAAACUAGCACUCGUGCCCAGCUCGACUUCCUGGAAGCUCUCAUGCCAAAUCGGAGUCACCUAUAUCAGCUUAUUCGCUAUCAUAAUGAUUUUGUCCUUUGGUAUCACAAUUCGUACUCAUCGAAGAUCUUGUUGGAUGAUCUCAACACUUUCAUCGAGCGGUACCACGGGAGUGUCCGUUAUGAGCACCUUAACCUCCAGUGGCUCGCACUUUUAUUCGCUAUACUUACUGGAAGCAUGACUUGCGCCUCUUCAUCAACGCUCGAGAAGUGGGGUUUCUCUUCGAACGAGCAACCGACCCUCUCCCAGAAGUGGUACGAAGCAUCUGUCAUCUGCCUGAACCUUUCCAAUUACAUUGAGAUCCAUACCAUCUACUCCGUGCAGGCCAUUGCCACGUUGACCAUAUCAGCUCAUGUGAUAGGGAAAUCGAACAGUCAAGCCGUGCUAUUAGCCUCAGCUGGAAAGAUAGCGCAAACCCUUGGUCUUCAUAGACUAGGGUCCGAAUCGACAGACCUGUCCAUUGAACAACUCCGGAAGCGUGAGGCUGGUAAACGUGUUUUGACUCAACUUUGUACCCAGGAUUGGUUUCAGAUUCCAUUUUCGGAGACAUACGCCCUGAGUUCAAGCUACUCGCGUGUUGUCCGGCCUCUCAAUUGUAACGACGAAGACAUGGCCAUCAAGCCCCUGUCUGCGCCUACUCAAACGAGCUACUGUAACUUCCGAUACGAUAUUGCCGCGUUGAUGCCGGAGCUCCUGGACGCAACAAACAACUGCAACACUCUGUACACGAAAUACGAACAGGUCCUCAGAUUUGAUGACAAGAUGCGCAAAUUAGCAACCGCUUCUAUUCCCACGUUUCUUUCAUCGGACGCUCCCCUUCAUACCCAAGGGCCCAACUAUACCAACUGGGGCCGCCGGUCAUUGACGAUCUGUGCUGCGCACAAAAUCAUCAUGAUUCACCGCAAGUUUGUGGGCCUGUCUUUUACUAAUUCGGCAUUUGCCUUUACCCGUCGUACCUGCCUCGCAGCAGCGAAAACCAUCUUGAGAGAAGCACUCGCUGUCCCUGACAAGCAUGGACCUGUCAUUUGGAUUGAGCAGGCGUUCACUAUAGCUGCUGGUAUCAUUCUGAGUUUAGAUAGUGUUCACCGAGCACCAAGCGAGAGGGAGUUUAAGGAACACAAGCAGCUUGUGGCGGACGCAAUUGGUUACUUGCGAGCUUUCAGUCAUAGCAAGAUUGCCAUGCGCGGUGUUCAAUUGCUAUUCUUUCUGCAGCAGAAACUUGGAAAGACAGUCUCAGAUGGCUCAAAAAAGCGGCAUAGGCCUCUAGGUGGCGAAGCGCCAGAGUUACCCCGAAAGAGACAACGAGCCCUGAAUAUGCAAGCGUUCAUCAAGGAUGCCUCGCAAAACCUUGGCGUCACUUCUCCUCCUCCACCCGUUGCGGAAGAAGCACUUGUCAUUGAAGACGACUCCUGGGACUCCUUUAUGGAUCUUCUUGGCACACAUGCUGGAUUUGAGGGCGAGUAUUUGUUCGAAAACUUCUAUACGACGUGA